CGUUGACACACUAGGAUUACACUAAGAGCGCUGAACUCUAUACGUAAAGACCCCCAGAAGCCAUCGCUGCCGAGGUUUACGACACGUGGGGACCCCUUUAUUAAGCGCCCGACGCAACCCCAUCGUCGCCGCGUCGGCAGAGCUGUGAGAUGCCCUCCCCCCGCGCCAGAGGCAGCGCCUCGUCGUCGCCGCGUGCGUCGUCGGGGACGCCCCGCGGCAACGGCAGCCCCCGCGAGGACGACGCCGCCUGGGCCGAGGCCUGCGCGCGGCCGCCGCUCUCGCCGCGCACGCAAUUGAUUCGGGCGGGCGCCGUCGCCGUGAGCCUGUGCGUCCUGGUGAUGCUGCGGCCGGAGCUAGCUUUAGCCUACCGCAAACUCACGCGCUUGCCGGGCCAGAACGACAAUCUGAAGCGGUUCCUGCCGCCGUCGCGGCCUGUGUGGAAAUCAAAUUUUACGGCACGUUCGUGCUGAAUCGUCGCGUCUCCCUGCACGCCAUCGACGCGACGCCUGCUCGAUGGCGUGGCGAUGCCGGUUCGUCACCGCUCGACGGAGCCAGCACGGUCACGUCAUCGCCGAGAAAUGACUUAUGCACCCGACACACUGGUUGAUUUCCACACAGGUCGCGGCGCCGCGCCGCCGAGCGCCAGCUCCGCAACCGUUUGGAAAGGGCGGGCCACGCCGACGCGCGCGACGCGACGAUAGACCCGGACUGGGCCUGGUUCGCGCCCGACUCCGCCUUAAGCUUAGAUGCGGCGUCGGCGGCUGUGUGGAAAUCAACCAGUGCGUCGGGUGCACCCGACAAUUCUUCACGAAGUCAUUUCGCGGCGAUGAUGCGGUCGUGCUGGACCCAUCGAGCGGCGAGGAACCGGCAUCGCCACGCCAUCGAGCAGGCGUCGCGUCGAUGGCGUGGAGGACGACGCGAUGAUUCAGCACGAACGCGCCGUAAAAUUUUGAUUUCCACACAGGUCGGCGGCCGCCGCCGCCGCCGUCGAGCACGGCGCGGCCCCCGGGCGGAGGGACUUGGACGUGGAGGCUUCUUAUGUGGGUUGCUUCGGCUCCGAGACGUGGUUCGAAAAUAGGACCUACGUCGGGGGGCAACGAGGCGCGAGGUACCGCCUGGCCGUCCGCGACGCCGCGAAGCAAAAGAAGCGCUAUUUUGCGUGCGCGCGGCGCGACGCGGACGGCCACGGCUUCUUGUUUGAUGAUCUAGUCCCGGACGCGCGAAAUGCGUUCCCGUCGGGCGACCUCGUCGCCGGCGGCUGCGAGCGCGCGUGCGCCGACGAAGGCGCGAAGCUCUGCGGCUGCGCCGACGAGGCGUGCACGGGCGCCAUGGGCGACGACCAGCCGCACCACCGGCGGUGGGCCGUCUACCGCAUGCCCGAUCCUCCCUCCACAAACCGUGGGCUGCCCGCGCCCGACGAGGAGGAGUGUGGGGACGCCUGGACGCGCGUGGAUGAGGCUCAAGCGGAGGCGGAGGUCUUUGAGGGGGCGGAGGCGACGGUGUUCACUCAUUUAGGUUUCGCGGACGGCGGCGGGGGUUCGCCGGAGUAACUGGAACAACAGAA